GUCACACUAAAGUACGAAAUCUGGACUAGCAUUUGAAUCGGAUAAAUCGGCAUUUUGCCAGCCAAAACAAUAACAAUAAUGGAGGUCAUCAUCAAGUGGAGCAUGUGUAGAACUUGCAAAAGUGAGGACACCGCAGAACUGCAACCGCUCUUCGGUUCUGAAGCGCCCAAGCUUUUGUGCAAGUAUGCGGGCGUCAAUGUGAUUCUGGACGAUGGCUUGCCUGACACAAUAUGCAACACUUGCCUUCAAAUGUUGGAUGGAGUGCACACUUUUGUCACCACAUGCCAGCAGGCCGAUGAGCAGCUCAAGAGUCUCGUGCGUCAAACAAUUCCCGAUUUCACAAGGACCGGCGUGGAAAACCGAGUACGUGCGAGGAAACAAACCAUUUUACAAAGACAGGACAAGAAUCCCGAAAUUGAAUUUGCGGAGGACAGUAUUCAUACGGAUGAAAUAAGUCUGGACGAAAAAUUAUUAGAAGUGGCGGCAUCCACAGAACAGCCUGUACCCACUGCACAUGACGAAAAGUCGGGCUAUUUGAGCAAAGCAGACAGCGAGGAAUGCCAAACAAACGACCAGGCCAAUGCGGACCUAGCACUGUGCAUAAGCGUUGGCUCAUAUGAGGGCUAUCUCGUUGAGAACGAGGUGGCACUGGAUAACUUCGCCCCAGAGCCACCGCAACCUUCCACGGAGUAUAAAAUAGAUCUCGGCGUGGCCUGUGUUCCAGAAAGGCACAGGUGCAUUGUCUGCAGCAACACCUACCCCAACGCAUCGAAGCUGGCUGACCACCUACGCACCCAUCUGAACGAGAAGGCCUAUGAAUGCGAAGUUUGCUCGAAACGCUUCACUACCAGCUGCAACCUGAGCACUCACAUCAGAACCCACACGGGGGAGAAGCCUUAUAAAUGUGAUCAUUGCACGCGUUGCUUUGCCGAUCGCAGCACCCAUCGCAAGCACGAACGCAUGCACACGAACGAGCGACCAUAUGCCUGCCACAUUUGCCCGAAAACCUUUUCACUAUCCUCCACCCGCAAGGCACACAUUCUAACGCACUCGAAGGAAAAGGCUCACGGGUGCUUAAAGUGCAACAAAAAGUUCCGCUUGCCGCAUCAGUUGAAAGCUCAUAUGAAGACCCACGCACAUAUGACGAUGGAAGUCGAGUCAUAGCCAGAAAACAAAUAAAGAUUAUCCACUCCUA